GAAAUAUUUCAAAAACUACUUAAUUGUGAAGAACCCAAUAUCCAAUCUCAGGCUGAAUAUUUAACUGCUGAAUACUACCUACACGAAUAUGAAAAAGCAUUAAAUAUUUCUAAUCAAAUUUCUAAAAGAGAAGGUCCUAAGUUCAAGGAUAAAGCCUCAGAUAUG